AUCUUGAAUAUAAAAGGGCUGAAAGAACAUAUCAGUUAGGAGAGUGAUUAUGGCAAGCGCAGCUGCGCUAUUUCAUUUCGGCACUUGGAAUAAUGAUUUGGGCCUGCUGUUAUAAAACUCCCCACCUAUGUUUUGCAACACACUACCAAAUUUUACCCUUAAACCGAAUAUACCAACGACAAAGUAAGCAUCUACAAAGACAGCUAAGACAAUUCCCGGGCUCCAGGCCAACCAACCCAACCAAACCCAGCCAUACCCCAGCAAUGGAUCGUGCGCAGUUCAUAUCCUUGUUCCUUUUAGUGCUGAUAACCGGUGAAAUGGUCAAUGCACUAAAGGUCGCCUGGCCCGCAUACCCAGGAAAGCAGGGUAUCCGAUCCAGUGUUUGCCAGAAGAGACUCAAUUGCGGUCCUAAGAACAUUGCUACCAAGGGAGUUUGCAAGCUGUUCUGUCUGGGGAGAAAAAGAUUCUGGGAGAAAUGUGGGAAAAAUGGCUCGAAAAACCCGAAGGCAAAGAUUUGCAAAGCAAUCGUUGCCAAGGCUACCGAAAAAGCUGGGUCAGGUCUCAUCAAGUUAACGGAUGCUGCAGUCAAAGGUGUCUUAGCACUGGCUAGUUUAACCGUUUUUGGCAAGCGGGACCAGAUGAUGCUAGAAAAGAGCGUGCUCGAAUAAAAAGAGACAGGUUGCAGAAACUAAGUCGGAAGCAUUAGUCGCGCCAUACCAAGGCGGGUGUACGACUUAUCAAGAACAUCGGCUUUAAUCGAAAAGAGGGAGACGAACACAGCCCAAGGUGACAACACCAACUAGAAUAUAUACUGCAAUUUUGCCUGUACCCUAAAAUUUGCCUGUACCCUAAAAUGGAAUAAAAGAAGCCUCCAGUUGAUUUGCAUGCGUUUUUACCUAUCGGAUUACGUUGCAGUGCCGUCAUUGAAACAACACUGAUCGCGUAUUUUGCACCUCGUUUUGGCAUAUGAGAGAAUCUCUUAUAACGAACGACACCACGAGCAGGAAAACAAUUCUGCUAGCUUGUGGCCCCAUCGGAGAGAGUGUUCAAUAGGUUCGAGAAAGGUCAUGAUGAACAAUUUCCAAAUGUGCUCGCCAUUCGAAAAUUAGCAGUAUUAUUCCACUGACGGUGAUGUUGGCUGAUGAACAAACAGCUAAAAAGGGAUCAGCAGUUCGACAGUGUAUUAGCUUUUUUGGUAUUCGGCUUGUCCCAGACAAGCUUCAUAAGACUUUUAUGCAACAAUAAAACGUUAAGGCAUCUCCUUGUUGAAUGAAGUUACAUUUUACAGCAUGUAAUGAUCUGUCUAAAUCGUUGCUUAACAUCACUUCUGUAUUUCUUACCACCCCCAAUACAGUAAAGAUAAAAAUUGAUUCCAUAAUUGAUCUCCCAGAACUGCAACAUAAUGAAAUCCUGGCUAUUAAAUCUUAAGAACCAAUACUCCUCACUUAAAUU